AUGUCUACAAACUCGAUCAAGAUAUUGGCAAGCGAUGUGGAUCGUCAUCUUGCAGAACUUGUGGCGAAGAGGUUGGGCCAGGCUCUAACGCCCGUAGAUUUCAAAAGAGACUCCAACAAGGAAAUCACCUUUUCCAUCGGCGAGUCCAUCAGAGAUGAAGACAUAUACAUUGUGAUGCAGAUAGGUUCGGGACCGGUGAAUGACAAGGUGUUGGAGUUGCUCAUCAUGAUCAAUGCCUGCAAGACGGCCUCGGCCCGACGGAUCACGGCUGUGCUCCCAAACUUCCCCUACGCCAGGCAGGACCGAAAGGAUAAAAGCAGAGCACCAAUCACUGCAAAGUUGAUGGCCGACAUGUUGACGACGGCGGGAUGCGAUCACGUGAUCACCAUGGACCUCCACGCAGCCCAGAUCCAGGGCUUUUUCGACAUCCCGGUGGAUAACUUGUACGCAGAGCCUUCAGUUGUGAGAUACAUCAAGGAAAACUUGGAUGUGAACAACGCAAUAAUCAUAUCUCCGGAUGCAGGAGGUGCCAAAAGGGCAGCUGGUUUGGCCGAUAGGUUGGACUUGAACUUCGCGUUGAUCCACAAGGAGAGGGCCCGGGCCAAUGAGGUCAGCCGAAUGGUUUUGGUGGGAGAUGUUACCAACAAGCAGUGUAUUAUCGUUGAUGAUAUGGCCGACACUUGUGGCACACUUUCCAAGGCUGCCGAGAUCUUACUGGAUAGUGGUGCUCAGUCGGUGAUUGCCAUUGUCACGCACGGAAUUUUGAGUGGCCACGCCAUCGACAACAUCAACAAAUCUCGCCUCACAAAAGUUGUCUGUACCAACACCGUGCCGUUUGAGAGUAAGAUGAAGCUAUGCCCAAAGUUGGACACCAUCGACAUCUCUGGAGUCUUGGCCGAGGCUAUCAGAAGGUUGCAUAACGGGGAGAGCAUCUCGUUCCUUUUCCGUAACGCACCAUUCUGA